UUUACUAAAACGAAGACAACAAGAGGAUUCAUUGAAGGAUAUUCCUCACUCCGAAAGAUAUUGGUUUAAGGCGGUUUUAAAACCUUCACGGAUAUGAACACACAUGCAUCUCUUGCACGCUGACUAUCUUAGUAAAAAAUAAAAUAAACAGGACUGGUAUACUUUUGUCCAAGACACGCAAUGUUGAAACUAUUACCAGAAGUAGUAUUGGAGAAAUCCAUUGAAGUGCCCGGAAUCAAGUACUCGACCCACAUCACGAUUCUACCAUCAGAUCGUUUCUGUAUCAGUGAUGAUUUUUCAACCCUCGUUUUGGCUGACCAAUCAGGCAACUUGCUUCACACAAUCUCUGACGUCAGCGACAAAGGUCACGGGACCCACACGGUGACGUCAUCCGGAGAUCUUAUUUAUCUAGACAAUGGACACAACGUCUGUCGUUUGUCUAGCAAGGACAAAACUAAGAACGUAUUGUUUAGUAUUAAAGAUCCAUGGACUCCUUGGUGUGUCUACAGUUCUCCAUCCAAUGGCGAUAUGUUGAUAGGAAUGAAGACAGCGGGUAAACAAGACUCGAAGGUCUUGCGAUUCAACAGUUCCGGAAAAGAACUUGCUGUCUUCAAACAGAAAGACUCUAAAAACAAUUGUUUAUUUGGUAUCCCUCAUUAUAUUACAGAAAACAAAAACGGUGACGUCAUAAUUUCUGACAUGAAGACGGCCAUAGUUGCGAUGACACGUGAUGGGGAUUUUAGGUUUAAUUAUAGGGGACCGCCCUUCCGUUACAGGCGUUUACUUGCGCGCGCAGUUUGCACGGAUGCUCUAUGUAACAUCAUCGUUAAUUGUGCCACAACUGGAUCGGUACAAAUUAUUGACAAAGACGGGAAGUUCCUAGCACUGUUGUUAGAGCCAGCAGAAACUGGCAUGAAUUUGAUUCCAUACGGACUUGCCUAUGACACCGAAAGCAACUUGUUGGUCAUUGGAUCACAAACUGGGAAUAUUUUAUCGGUUAUAAGCAUUUACAGAACUAAAGACCUAGUAUUAACCAAGUAAAAGCAUUCAACAAAUAUUAAAAUCUUUUUGGAAA